AUGCUUAUUGCUCCUCAAUUUCUUUUAUUCUCUUUUUUUAUUUUUUGUGCAAUUCUUUUGUAUCGGCACAUAAAAUUAAGGAGUCAACUAGUUAAUGUCCCUUCGCCUCGAUCCUGGAUGUUAUUUGGACACGUUUUAAUAAUUAAACCGGACAUGGAAGGAUUUAUUGACCAAUUAAUGGGAAUGGCACAGCUUUAUCCUCAACACCCAAGAAUGACUUUAUUUUGGUUUGGCACAAUUCCAACGUUAAUGAUUUAUUCUGCGAGACUUGUUGAAUCUUUGUUCAGUAAUAACAAUCAUAUAAAUAAAGGAAUGUUUUAUGAUAUGUUUCGACCUUGGCUAGGAAAUGGACUUUUAACCAACACUGGUGAAGGAUGGCGUGCUCGACGCAAAUUGCUCACUCCAACAUUUCACCACGAAAUAUUAAAAAGUUUUGUGAAUGUAUUUAAUUACCAAGCUGAUAUACUUGUUCAAAAAUUGCAUACUUUGGUGGGCAAAACUGAAGGCCACAUUGAUGAUAUUACUCCGCUUAUAAGUCUUUGCACUUUGGAUAUUAUUUGUGAAACCUCUAUGGGUAGAUCAGUAAAUGCACAACAAGAGGAAGACUCAGAUUAUGUUAAGGCUGUGCUCUGCAUUAAUGACAUCAUCCAGAAUAGACAGAAAAAUCCUUUAGUUUGGCCUGACCUAUUCUUUUGGUAUUUUGGUGCGGGCAGGAAGCAUGAAUGGUCUUUGAAUAUUUUGAAGUCUUUUACAAGAAAGGUAAUUAUUGAACGAAAAGUAGAGCGAAAACAGCAAAGAAUUAACCAGGAAAUUAAUAUUGAGCGUCGUCUUGCAUUUUUGGAUUUGUUGUUAAAAAUGGAAGAGAAUGGUGAUUUGAGUGAAAAUGAUGUUCAAGAAGAGGUGGAUACAUUUAUGUUUGAAGGACACGACACAACAGCAGCAGCUAUCACUUGGUCUCUUUUUAUGCUUGGUUGCCAUUUAGAAUACCAACAAAAAUGUUAUGAAGAAAUUCAAUCUGUGUGUGGAGAUUCAGACAAUUUAAGCUUCGAAACUUUGGGAAAACUAUGUUUUUUGGAAUGUUUUAUCAAAGAAUCUUUGCGUCUUUAUCCAAGUGUUCCUCUUAUAACUCGUCGCUUAAAUAGUGAUGCUGAGAUUGGUGGACAUGUUUUUCCUGCUGAUACUCAAAUAGUCAUCAACAUUUAUCAAAUUCAUCGAGAUCCUGAACAUUGGGAUGAUGCAGAAAAAUUUAUGCCAGAACGUUUUCUGACUGAUAACAUCAAAGACCGUCACCCAUUUGCUUUUGUUCCAUUCUCAGCUGGUAGUCGAAAUUGUAUUGGACAACGUUUUGCUUUAUUAGAAGAAAAAACUGUGCUUGGUUGGAUUUUGAGAAACUUUCAUGUCAAAAGUCUUUUACGUCGUGAUCAAUUGCGAACGAAAGCUGAACUUAUACUUAGGCAAGCAAAACCUGUUAAAAUGUUAUUGACACCUAGGACGAAGAAAGACACUAACAACAAUUAA